AUGAUGAUACUUUCGGCAGGAUUUUGGCUUGUUGUGACGGCCUUGGCAGCACUCGCUCUGCAAGCCCAGGGGGGCAAUUUUCCCCCGAUGUAUCGAGUGCAUGCUUUCUAUUAUUUAUGGUACACCGAGCCCAGCGCAGGUGGCUGGACGCAUUGGGACCACGAGGUGCUACCCCACUGGGACGCGGCCGUGGCGGCAAAGCACACACAUGGGGUGCGCUUCGAGCCACCGGACUGUCUACACAGUCCGUACUAUCCAUUACGGGGUCCGUACUCGUCCACAAGCCGCGAACUCAUUCGCCAACACCUUGUGGAAAUGGAACAGUACGGCAUCGGAGUCUUGGUGGCGUCCUGGUGGGGGCCCCCCUGGAGGCAGGGUAGCCAUGACACCCAGAUGGUGAACACGGACAGUCGCCUGGAAAUGGUCAUCAGGGAACUCGAAGAAAGCGGCAGCAAGGUUCGCAUCGCGUUUCACUUGGAGCCGUAUGAAGGGCGAACCAAGGAGACGGUGCACGAGGACCUGGUGUAUUUAUCGAAGAAGUACCGCGACUCCCCCGCGGUGCUGCAAAUCAACGGGCUACCCGUGUACUAUGUGUACGAUUCGUACCGAUUACCUGCCAGCGACUGGGCUCAACUGCUGCGCCGCAAUGACGGACCCUUGAACGUGCGCGGGACGCCGGCCGAUGGCUUCUUCCUUGGCUUGUGGUUGGACAGGGAUGACGGUGAUGAGGACAUUCUGCCAGCAGGCUUCGACGGGUUCUACACGUAUUUCAGCAGGUGGGCUGUGAGCAAGGACCUUCUGUUCGUGCCGAGUAUAGGUCCAGGAUAUCACGGAGGCUGUCCGGGGAACAAAAAGCAGUCGGAGAGGCCGUCCAGGAGGGAAACAUUGGAUCAUGAUACAACCAUGCUGCUGUACCGCGCGCUGUGGAGUGCUGCACUUAGCGCGGGCGUCCAAAUGGUAUCGAUAACAAGCUAUAACGAAUGGGGGGAGGGGACCCAGAUUGAGCCCGCGGUGCCACGGGAGACUCGUCUGGGCUGCCAGUACCUUAGCUAUGAGCCUGCGAGUCCCUAUCUGUACCUGGAGAUCACGAGUGAGGGCUCCAAACGGUUGGGGCAGCUGACGGCAGGUGGUGAAGGGGAGACAUGCCAAGCUACUAGCGCCGGCGGCAAUGGUGACGAUGGCGGUGGUGUUGGCGAUGGUGGUAGUGACGAUAUUGCAGAGCAGUGA